CGAGAAAAAGACUUCUGGGAAAAAACGGCAAAACGGCCGUCGCAAGAUACCAUCUUCCUCCAAAGAAAAGGAAGCGGGCUACUGUGCUGUCGAUGCUUGAGCAUGGAGUUCAGACCGCGCAACUACAUCGCCGAAAAAGAAGCCCACGCGCUUCCUCGCGUACUCGCGGACAGCCACCCUUUCUCCGCUCCAUCUUCUCCAUCUCAGCUCCAGGUUGAGGUCGUGGAUGAUGGGAAUGAGGAGUACUUUGACCCCCUCAGAAGGUCGGAUAACAAUGCCGAAGCUUCUAGAGAGGAUUUGGUGGAAAUUGAAACCAGUUCUACUGCAGGACUCUCUGGUGAAGCUUCUAUUCAAAAUCCGUCCAAAGAAUGGGCCUUUUUUAAGAGAUCCCUGAUGCAGAGGUUUCCAGUCUCCAAAUCAGUUUUGACUUAUUCAAUGUCCGACAUGAUAGUGAAAGGCAGGAAAACACAUGAGAAAUCUUCGACAAGUAUGCAUUUGGAGGAACUGGAAGAUCCAGAAAAAUUUGCAGAAGAGGGGGGCAAGGUCAUCACAGGCCAGGAAUAUGUUUCUCGGUUGCAUGAGCUUAAAGCUGAAUUAACUCAUGCAUGGCAUGCCAAUGAUCGUGUUACAUCCCUGAAAUUAUCAAUAAAAGUUGCUAGGCUUUUGAUGGAUACAUCUGUUUUACAAUGUUAUCCUACACUCUUUGCUAUUGCUACGGAUAUUUUGGAUAUUCUUGGGGAUAUGGUAUGGGAGCGAAUCAAGUUGAAAGCUGAAUUUACUGAAGAUGGUACCAGAAUCUUCUCCUUACCAGAGAACUUUUCAGUAAGUGACAUCUGCUUUGAUGCCAAAGAAACUUGCAACAAUUGGUUCUGCAAAAUUGGUGCAGUCCGAGAACUUCUUCCACGCAUUUAUUUGGAGCUGGCAUUGUUGCCUUGUUGGCGUUUCUUAGUUGACCAACCUCUCAACAGUCUCCGUCGCUUGGUAAUGAUGACAAGAGGGUUAGCAGAUCCAUUGGCUUCUGCCUAUUGCCGUCUGUAUAUGGCUCAUUGCAUGAGGAAGUUGCCUUCACAUGAUACAGGAUGUCUGCUCACCUGUGUGAAUGACUUGAAAAUUGUGUCGAUGAGGGUCAUGUCAGCACAGGAAACCUCUCAUGGAGCUGAAAACAGAAGAUUGGUUGUUAGUCUGAUGGAACCAACCAUUGAGUAUAUCAUGAAAUGCAUAUUUAGGAAUGCGUCUGAGAAACAAGUAGGUGAUGUACUCGUUGAGCUUGGAGUUGGGUUGAAUCAAAAGGAGUUGCUUGGAAGGUUCCCAUGUCUCUCGAUUGUUCUUCAUCAUCUACUCAAGCAACUUCCAUCUGAAGUAGUUAGCUCAAGGGCAGUGGAGAUCCUUCAUCUUAUUGAGUGCAGCAGGGAUGAUUCCCUUGAUCAGUGCUUGAAUUACAGGUUACUUGGAUUUAGGCUGUGUGAAAAAUCUCAAAUGGACACUGUCAAUUCUGUAGUGGACAAAGUCAUUCAGGUUAUUAUUGAAUAUGAUGGACUUGAUGACUACUUGAAGGUUGUGGAUGCUUUUGUGGAUAUUGUUCUACAAAAUCAUAUGGAUGACCAUCUAAGCUCCAUUUUAGAAGGCAUUUCAAAACGAGCAUGCACUAAAGGGAUUGCUGAUGAUGAACUGGCAACCUUGCAGUCCAUUUUGGUGAAGCUUCUUUCAUAUUGCAAGGACAUAGAAGACAUGUUUUCCAUGAAUCAUUUUCUCAAGAUCUUGGAUCUGAUGUAUGGAAAUUCACGAAGCAUUGUCAAUAUCCAUAUCCUUGAUAUGGGUAUAAGGAAGGGUUGUAUACGUGAUCCAAGAACUAUACAGUUUCUUCUUGAAAUUUCUCAGGCUCUGCAUCAUGACGAAAAUUUUGUGAAUCUAAAAGAUGAUAACCAACCAACACGUUUGAUUUCUCAGUUUGUAUCUCUGGUUGAUUAUGGAGCAGAGAUUGAGAGUCAGUUGGCAUUCUUAGUUGAAUGUCGUGGAACUUUUGGUAGCAUACGCGGGCUUAAGGAAACUCUCAUUCACUCCAGUAAUUGUUUAGCGAUUAAGGCUUUGAAAGAUGCAAAACAUCUCAGUUUUGUCAAAUCCUGCAUAGCAUUUUCUGAAGUCACUUUACCUUCUAUUUCAAGCCAGAUUAUGCAGUUAAAUCUUUAUCUUGAGACUGCAGAGGUCGCUCUACUGGGUGGCUUAGUUUCUCAUUCGGAUGGAUUGAUUGAUUCUGCGAUCAACUCUUUGCAAAGUUUAGACGUAAUGGAUGGCUCCAGACCACCGAUUGAUGCUGACGCAGUACUCUCCUCAGUUCAAAAGUUAUUCAGCUUCUUGGUUAUGGUUCCAGUUAUCCCCUCCCCAGCAAAUUAUAAUAAGAAAAACAAAAUACCGUAUAUUUUGUUUGACUUGUCUUUUCCAAGAGAAGGUAAUCCUGAAGAUGGAGUGACGUACUUUCCGAAGAACUUGGUGUCGCUACUUAACUCUCAGUCAUGGAUGACACCAAGAAUGAGGGUGAAAGUUUUUUGUGCAAUUAUUUCUCUGUUAGCAGCACUUUCUCAACGAAAUCUCCCUUAUCAUGCAGAUGGUGAAAAGCUUCUAGGAAAUGACGUAUUGUUCUUUGGUGAUUCAUCAUAUUUACAUGAGCUUGCGUCAUUUUGCGAGUUUGUUCUUCAGAACCUCGUUGAUGCUAUUCAACAAGAACCUUCCAAGGCUGCUCGCGGGAGCAUGGCGCUUGAAGCUUGCAACUGCAUUGCAUCAUCUUUGAUUCUAAGUCAGGAAAUAUCAUCAAUUUGCUCGAAUCUAAUAGAGACCGGGAAGUCGUGUAUGAGCACAAACAACAGAUAUCUGCAAUCGACAAUUAAAUUUGUGGAUCACUUGCCAGAUUCAUCUGUUGCUUUAUGAUAAAAUAUUAACGUCUUCAGUUCGUUGCAUCAUCUUUUGGCUUGGGAAAGAUUUACUGGAAUUCUUUGGGUUAUCCACGCGAUUUUGCGAUUUUGCGUUUUUCCUCUCCUUGUACUUGUACAAACUUACAGCCAAAAGUGAAAAGCCUGUACAAUUGUAACAUAUGCUGACAGACACAAGCCAAAAGCAUUUAUCUUCGAUUACGAAUGUGGUUGCUCGUCUGGUCAGUUGUAGUUUGAUUUUCGAAUUCCCUGUGUGUUGUAAAUUUCUUGGCUGUUCAUUGAUAGAAAUGCAGUUCAAACAAUUCAAGCAGCUUGGUAAAAGUUACACAUGCA